CCAGUUGACGGUCACACUGCCUAUGUUCAGUCUGAAUUCUUGUUUUUGUUCAACAUUUUAAGUUUUUGCGUUUGCCGUUGAAUUUGUGUAUUAUGCCACCCCCAAGACCAAAGGGGAUAGGAUUUACAACAGGGGUAACACCAGCUCGACCCGGUUCAAACACCCCCAUGUCCGAAAGGCAACAAAUGGCUUUGCUAAUCCAAAUGACAGCAACCUCCUCAACAGAGACAGCGCGAACGCAUUCAAAAAAAAAUGAUAAGAAAGGAGAUGCCGAUGUUGAAGAAAUCAAUGUGAGCGAAAAGCAAUUAGAGAUUGUGGAUACGAAGGAUACGAAGCCAUCGACGGAGGAGAGUUCAACGGAUAGUAAAAGUGCCGAGACGACGACUGCAGCGCAAAACGUGACAAGCAGCAGCACGAAGCGAAGUUUCUCAGAUGUCGAGGAGGAUUUCGAGGAGCAUGGUGACGACAUCAAGAAGAAGAAACGCAAGGAUUUAGAUAACCCAAAAGAUGUAAAAAAUCCAUCCACCAAAAUAUCAUCAAAACUCGAUAAAACCUCAAAGUUAGCAGCGACAAAAAAUUCACCAUCAGCAAGUAAAAUAAGCACAACAGUUGCGGACAAAGAGUUGGAAGUAAACAAGACGCUUGAUAUCGAGAAUAAUGAGACAACAGAGAACAGCGAGGAUUACAAGAGCAAUGACAGCCUGUACAAUAAUAAUGGCGCACUGAAGGUGCCACCCUUGAAGAUCGUAAUACCCCAGCAGAAUUGUUCUAUUGACACCGAGGGGAAUGUGCUGCGAACUGGCAAAGUAGCAGCAUCCCGAAAUGCCGCCUUGCCUUACGUCGUCAGUUCGAAUAGUGAUUCCAUUGACACCAUAUUGUCCAACCAAUGCCUUAGUCCGCACGAGAGUAGUCCACAAAAAGUGAACAUUGCCUGCUCCACAAUACUCGACGAUAAGAACAUUAAGCUAUUCAAUGAUGAGAAAAAUCUGAGAGUCCUGCGCAGCUCUUAUCGCAGCGGAGUGACGAGCGCUGAACGCAGCUCGAACAAUUCAUCGCCGCAAAUGCAGAGCAGUUCACCAUCGCCGGCAUCCUCAAAUCAUGCCACCGACAAUGUGGACAUUAAGGGAUCCUAUACAAACAUGACAGCCAGUCCCAUACAACAUAAUCAAUUUGAUCAUGAUGUUUUACCCAACGUGCCGAGUCCUUCGACCUCAUCGACGUCAUCGUCCAAGGAUAUUAUCUCAUCGUCGCAUGUGGAUCUUCAUCCGCGCAAGCGCAAGAUAAGACCCAAGAAUAGCAAUGAUGACAACUCGAAGCAUUCAAAUGCGGAUAACAACUCCUCCUCGUUGGCAUCGGGCGAAACGCAUCCACAUGAUUAUCCAUUUACGAAUGGAUUUCAAAUGUUCUUAAAUAUACGACGACAAGUGGAGAAAAAGUGGAAGAAUCUUUAUCCCGUUAAGCCAAGACCUCCGCAGGGAUACAAUGAUUAUUUGCUCACCAAGAAAUCAUAUCUCCUGAGGCGAAAUGUGAGUAAGCCGGAAAUUCAAAUACCCGAUGCCAUUCCGGAGGAGAUGCGAAAGUUUUACGUGGAACAGGAAAAGGCGAGACAAGAAUUAACCGAAGAACACAUUGUGGAACGAGAGAAACUUUGCCUGAAUGUCGAACAGGAAAUAAUCCGAGUGCACUCGAAGGCAGCCAGAAGUAUAUCCGGGCAGUGUGCACCGUAUUCCGUGUGUACAUUCCUCAAAGAUGACGAAAUCUAUAAUAUGAUCACGCCGGAGCAGGAUGAGAAGGAGAAAAGUGCUCGCUGUCGUUUCAAUGGCCGAUUGCUGCUUAGCUGGCUCCAAGAUGUGGACGACAAGUGGGAAAAAAUCAAGGAAUCGAUGGUUCUACGGCAGCACAAUGAGGCGGAAAGCCUUCAUGCCGUACAAGUGAUGGACUGGAAUAUUUGCCUGAAACAAAAUCAAUUGUAUGAUUACAUAUUCGAGUCCAGCGAGGAUCGUGUUCAUGUGCCCAUCGUUCAUGUUGGCGAAGAUUUUGACAUUUUACCAGCGUGAAUUUGGUGUUUAUAACUUGACGAAAAUGCAUCUUUAAAUAUGUGAAUAUUAAAAUGUAAAAAUUACCAAAAAACUGUUCAAUUUUUAACUUAACAAAUCGUUUCUUGUAAGAGAGCGAAGAAAUAAAAAAAUUGAAUAAGAGCGGCAAA